AUGUCUACUAGAGAUUUACCCCAUAGUUUUUCCGAGUUAAGUUUUGGUUGGGUGAGAAGAAUACGUGCUGAAUUUACCAUUGGGAAGAGUAAAGAACAAUUACUUGCUGAAGAUUAUCAUUCUACUGAUGAUGAUGAUUCAGAAGUAGUUACAUCAGUUAAAGCAAAUAGUUUAUGGCCAGCAUUUGCUUCAGGAGCUGGAUUAUUUUCUGAUGGUUAUGUGAAUAAUUCUAUUAGUACAGUACUUUUUUGUUUGAAAAAAAUCUAUCCUGAUGAAAUAACCAAAUCAAAUGCCAUUAAUAAUAUUGCAUCAAUAGCUUUUGUUGGUACCGUUGUUGGACAAUUAGGGUUUGGAUAUAUUUCUGAUAGAAUUGCUAGAAAAGGAGGUAUGAUGACAGCAAAUAUUAUGUUGAUUUUUUUCACAUUAAUGUGCGCUGUAGGAUCUUGGGGUGUUACUGUCCAAGGAUUCUUUGCUUGUCUUACAGUUUGGAGAUUUUUCUUGGGUGUAGCCAUUGGUGCAGAAUAUCCAACUUCUUCAGUUAUUGCAUCUGAAUUUGCUAAUCAAUUACCACCAGGUAAAAGAAAUAGAUAUUUUAGUUGGUUCACCAAUGCCAUGAUUGAUUCGGGGUUUGUUGUUUCAGCUUUUGUUCCAUUUGUUUUGAUUUGGAUUUUCACAGAAAAACAUUUACGAGCAUUAUGGAGAGUGGCCAUUGGAUUAGGGGUUAUUCCUCCUUUAUCAUUAUUUUUCAUGCGUUUAAAAAUGAAAAAUUCAUCUUCAUUCCAAAAAUUACAUAUGAAAAACGUUAGAUAUAGAGAUUAUCCUUGGUGGUUAAUUGUUAAAUUUUAUUGGUUUAGAUUGACUAUUGUUUCAUUGAUUUGGUUUAUUUAUGAUUUUUCUGCUUAUUCAUUUGGAAAUUUCAAUACUAUUAUCAUUGGAGAAAUCAUUCCUGAGGCACCAAUUUGGAAACAAUGGGGUUGGUCAAUUGUUUUCAAUUUAUUUUAUAUCCCUGGUGCUUUCUUAGGAGCAAUCUCAGCCGAUUACAUUGGUCCAAGAUUAACUUUAGCUCUUGGUGUUGGUAUACAAGGUAUCAUUGGUAUUGCUAUGUCUGCUUGUUUGAAUAGUUUGAAGAAACAUAUUGCUGGGUUUGUCGUUGUAUUUGGUAUCUUUACUACAUUUGGAGAAUUUGGCCCUGGUGAUAAUAUUGGAUUAUUGGCAUCGAAAACAUCGGCUACAGCUAUUAGAGGUCAAUAUUAUGGUAUUGCUGCAGCAAUUGGUAAAAUUGGGGCAUUCGUUGGUACUUGGGUAUUCCCAGCUAUUCAGAGUAAAUAUGCAAAUAAUUCCAACCCAGAUUUGCAAUUACAAGUUCCAUUCUAUAUUAGUUCUGCAUUAUGUCUUUUCAGUGCAUGUUUGGCAAUCUUUUUCUGUCCUCAAGUUGGUCAAGACGCUAUUUAUAAAGAAGAUCAUGAUUUUGUUCAAUAUUUGAGUAACAAUGGAUUUGAUAUCAAUAUGUUGGGUGAAGGUGGUGAUGUUCGUGAAAUCUGUCAUGAAUCAGAUUCACUUGAAAAAGGUAAGAGAGAUGAUUUCCAAGUUGACAAUAAUUCUCUUUAA